GUAAGCAGGGAAAACUUUAGCCAGUUGCAGCAUUGAGAACUGGCACUUCACCCGUGCAGGUUGAAGGAUUCAUGGAAAGGCCUAGGGUGCUGUGAAUUGAAAGCCUUCUGCUGAAAAAAACACUGUUUCAGCCUAAAUUCCAGUGACCUUGUGUUACGGAGACUGAGUGCUUUCAUUAACAUUCCUCCUUUCAUAUCUGUUGCUCCUCCAGUUCCCAUCUGCUGCCGUGCGGCCCUGGUUUGCCUCACAAUGCCUGUGAUCCAUGCUUUGAGGGGCGGGAAGCCCAUGCUGGUCGGGUCUGCAGUCCUGCUUGCCAGCGGCUACACCUUCUACCAUUUCUGGAGACGCCUUAUGGCUUCAAGAGGAAAGAGAGAGUCAAAGGAGAACGUGUAUGAAACACAGAAAGCUCUGAAUGAGUACCUUCUCUUCCACUUCGGCUCACCUCAGGAACUGUCGUUGUACAUCACCGACCCAGUCGCUCUCCAGAAUUUUCCACAGAGAUGUGUUCAGGAAUGCAUAAAAUACUUUGCUCAACAGAGUGGAGUUCCCUGUAGAGCCCUGGACAUCGGCUGUGCUGUGGGGAGAGCCUCGUUUGAACUGGCAAGGGUAUUUCAGGAGGUGGUGGGCAUUGACUUCAGCCUCUCAUUUGUGAGUGCUUGCAACCAACUGAAAGAAAAAGGCCAGCUCCCUUACUGUGUCUGGACUGAAGGAGAUCUGGGCACCCAGCACACUGCUGUGGUACCCAAGGACAUUAAUCGGAGUCGGUGCUUCUUCAGGCAGGGUGAUGCCUGCAAUCUGCCUGUAGACCUGGGAUCCUUUGGCUGUGUCCUGGCAGGGAACCUGAUCUGCCGCCUCCCUGACCCCUUUGCAUUCUUCCACAGACUCCCAGAGCUGGUAGCCCCCAGUGGAAUUCUUGUCAUUACAUCACCAUACGCCUGGCUUGAGGAAUUCACACCCAAGUCACUGUGGUUGGGUGGGUACAAGGAUGACUCCGGCAAGGAGGUGCUAGGCUUUGAAACGAUGAAGCAAAUCUUCUCUCCACACUUUGAGCUUCUUGCCGAGAAGAAUGAGCCCAUCCUGAUCCGGGAGACAGCACGCAAGCACCAGUGGACCAUGGUUCAUGUGACCAUUUGGAGAAGGGGGACCUUCUAGAAUUCAGCAGCCAUUUUGCUCACGGCGGUGAAACACUCAAAAACAAACUACUUUGUGCAUCCUAAGUUAAAGAAGCAAAAAUUGGCAUAAAAGUGACAUUAGUAAAGACUUAAGUCCAAUGUUAACCAGGAAAUAUCAACAGGAGAGUCCUGGGUAUCCCCUCAACCAAUAGUUAGCAAAUGAUAACACAGUCCCUCACUCAGUGUCCAACUUUCCUCUUCGUCCACUUGGCAGCAAUUCCUCUCACUAAUGUCCACUAACAUUAUGAGGGAACCUGCAGGUGCCCCUUAAUGAUACCCUGAAGUAUUGCAGGAUAUCUGGGGCAAUACCAUCUCUUUACUUGAACAGACUUAGCUUCCUCCCUGAAAAGAAUACUGUGUACUUAGAGCAGAUUGUGUGCCAUCGAUGUUUCAGAGUUUAAUUUUGCUGUACUUUGAAUGACAGCACUGUGUUCUAGAAUCUGUUACUACCCCCACUAAUGUAAUUCUUGCAUUCUAGGAACUGCUUUUAGUGACAUGGUAUAUACAAAUAAGGAUAGAAUCAAUAAAGAUUUCACUCAGCCUU